AUGGCUCCCUUUAUUAAAUUAUUUGUUACACUCUCUAUUAUUUCUCUCUUAGCAUGUUCUACCAAUGCACAACUUAUUAAUAACUUCUAUGGUAGAACUUGUCCUCGUCUUCAAACAAUUGUUCGUAAUACAAUGAUCAGUGCUAUCAAAACUGAAGCCAGAAUCGGUGCAUCUAUACUUCGCCUGUUCUUCCAUGACUGUUUUGUUAAUGGAUGUGAUGGAUCCAUCUUAUUGGAUGACACUGCCACGUUUACUGGUGAGAAAAAUGCUGGACCUAACAUAAACUCAGCUAGAGGUUUUGAAGUGAUUGAUACAAUUAAAACCAACGUUGAAGCUUCUUGCAAUGCCACUGUUUCUUGUGCUGAUAUUCUUGCACUUGCAGCAAGAGAUGGAAUCUUUCUGCUUGGAGGACCCACAUGGAUAGUUCCACUUGGAAGAAGAGAUGCAAGAACAGCAAGCCAAAGUGCAGCCAACAGUCAAAUCCCUGGACCAUCAUCUGACCUUGCAACCCUCACUACAAUGUUUAAAAACAAAGGUUUAACAUUAAAUGAUCUUACUGUCCUUUCUGGUGCACACACCAUAGGCCAAACCGAGUGUCAAUUUUUCAGAAACCGCAUAUACAAUGAAAGCAACAUUGACACAAACUUUGCAACCUUAAGAAAAGCAAACUGUCCUUCCUCUGGUGGUGACACCAAUUUGGCACCUCUAGAUUCCCUCACUCCAACUACUUUUGACAACAACUACUAUAAUGAUCUUAUUGCUAAUAAAGGUCUUCUUCACUCUGAUCAAGCUCUUUUCAAUGGUGUUGGUUCUCAAGUUUCUUUGGUUAGGACUUAUAGCAGAAACACUAUUGCUUUUAAAAGAGACUUUGCUGCUGCUAUGAUAAAAUUGAGUAGAAUCAGUCCUCUCACUGGGACUAAUGGGGAGAUUAGAAAGAAUUGCAGGCUUGUCAAUUAA